CACCACCAAGUCUUCAAAAAGAAACACUUCUCAUGUCUCAUCUCUCUCUCUCUUUCCCACUUGACAAAAGCAUCUAUCCGGAAGCCUGAGACUUUGACUCUACCGAAUCUUAUUUGCAUAUGUCGCCUGCCCUUUUUAACCCAUUUGCCUCCGCUUUGCUGGCUGCACGUAUUUUAUUGACACACCUCUCUCCCUUUGAGACGAAUACUAAGAUUAUCGUCGCUGCGACCGAACGGCUUACGAGUGAUCGGGACUUGCCGUUGACUAUUACUGACAUUUAUCUUCCUCACGGCAAACAGUCCAGCUGUCCAGGAGGAUCUAGCCAUAGCGGUCCCACUGUUGUUAGACAUCCGCUGGUAAUACUACACCACUAUCUGAGCUCCCAUCACUUCACGAGCUACCGCCUACCGCAGUGAAGCCUCGUGACGAAGGUACUCUUCGUCAUAUUAUUCAAACCCGACAUCUUACGCACCCU